AGCCAGUGAAGAGCCAUUAUGCCAAACAUGGAGGGAGCUGACACACUGAGAAAAAGAAGAUAAAGAAGAAGGAAUUGCGAACUGGCGUGGAAUUGGCAAUCCGGCGUGGACAAUGGCAGCUCCAAUCCGGGCCACAAAGGCCUCCAACAACUCUACUAAAUUACCAACCGCUGUCCUCAAACCUUCUCUUUCUUUUACACAUCGUCUCCAAUAUCAAUUCUACUCCUUCAUCUUCAAUCACCUUAGCCAUCUUUACCAAAACAUCUGCAUAAAAUCAACUCAGCAAUAUCUACCUAAAAUAUCUUUAAGGUUGGACAGUUAGCUGGGGGUU